GGUAUGUUUCAUGCGCGUUUCAAACUUGAUAUAAACACAAGUGCUAUGAGAUGGUUUCGAAUUCAAUUGCAGGAAAAAGUUACCUGUAAGAGGCUGCCAUCCUUGCAAUGAAUGUAUUUCUCUCAUUCACUAAAUACUUCGAAAACCAGGGUUAAACACCGGACUAUUACGAGUCUAUAAUAGGAAGUAAAUGGAUCAUAACUACGGUUCAGAAAAGCUAUUUCGAUAUUCAAGUAAGUGGAUUGUGAUCUACGCAAGACAUUUACCUUUUAGCAUGGUUUAAUACAUGUAAUUAGGGUCCUGUUGUUUUUGAGAAAAAUUUUCGUUAACGAAAUCAACAGGAGCGUGAUAUAUUGCAAACUACAUAAUUUAGUCAUGGCCUAUUGUCUUGUUUAUGUCUUUUCUUAACUCACUUUUCUUUUGGCAAGGUUAAUAUAUACAAAAUUGUUAUCUUUCGAUACUGAGUUACUUUUAAGACUACGUCCACAUGAAAAACUGAAUGUGUGCUUGUCUUUAAUUCAGUAAUGUUACUGUAUGAAACUGGUUCUGCCUGGAUUUUUAAUUAGCAAACCAUAAAGGUGUGUGAUUAUAAAAGGCUUUGGUACAACUGAGUCCCAUAUGCGCUGGAAAGGAAAAAACAAAUUGACUUCUUUUUUCCCCAUCUCAACUUACAAUCGGCCCAUUUUGAUUUUAUCAAACAUUUGUAUAUUUUCUAAAAGAAAAAUUACGAGUUAUUCUCAUUGCUUAGACAAAUGGAAUCUGGAGAAACAUUUGGUAUUUGCGUCAAACGAAAAUUAAGUGCUAUUUCACUUUAUUCAAACUUUUCAAACAUCAGUUUUCAGGAAGAUAAUCCUAUUUUCAAUCGUUUAAGCAAUGAUGACAACGAUUUUAAUAAUUCAAGCAAUGAUGCCAAUCAUCAUAAUACUAAUGCUGUGAAUAACGGUGAUUGUGAUACGAACAGAGAUAUCGAUGAUGUCAACUUUACCAACAAUGCUAAUGGCACAGAAACUGACGCACAUACAGGUGAAACCAGCAUAGGCCAUUAUGUUGCUGAAACUUCUUCUGUCACAAUGGGUUCACACCUAACAAUACCUUCCAUUUUUGACGAAAUAAUGAGAGGUCGACGAAAAUCUGUGCAUUCAUCUCAAAGAUAUGACAUCGACUCUUUAGGAACAACUGCGGACACUGUUUAUUCAACCUAUUCUGCUCGUCCUUCUUUGAUUGGUGAUCGGCCGCUUGUACUGCAGGAUUUUCUUUUUGCAGCUGCAGCUUUCAUAUGCCAUUUGUUCACAAUUGGUAUUUCAGCAAGCAUUGGAAUAAUUGUUAUAGAAUGGUUACGGGACUUCCCCGAAUCCAGAACAAUCUUACUUUCUAUGCCACCUAUGACUUUUGGAAUUACAAGUGCAAUUGGUUUGUUUGUUGGUACUUUAAUCAACCAAAUUGGAGGACCUGGUGUGAUUAUUAUUGGAGGAUUUUUCCAAGGAUUAAUGCUGUUUGUCUCCGCAUUUGCUAAUAGCGCUUUCUUUUUGUUUGUUUCUAUUGGUGUUUGUUUUGGGAUUGGAUGUUCUCUUGUGUAUGUAACCAUUUUUGUAGUUGUUGGAAUUUAUUUUGGUGGCAGGGCAACAAUUUUCCUCGCAAUUCUGUCAACAGCUGGACCAAUUGGAGGAGUUAUAUUUCCACUUAUUAUUCCAUAUAUUAUCAGAGUUUAUACUUGGAAUAGCUGCCUUUUCAUCUUGUCUGGAAUCACCUUCAACAUUUGCCCACUAGGGCUAUAUAUUUUGUUUUGUCAGAAUCAAGCUAAUAAAGCAAACCAGCAAUACAUUAUUCAGAUUCCUAUUAAGCUGAAAACCAGAAAAAAGCUAUUGGAUGUAAGUGUAUUCAAGAAUGUCAUGUUUAACCUUUUUUUGCUCCCACUUUGCCUGAGCUGUGGUUAUAUGAAUUUUGCAAUGAGUAUUUAUGCUAGCUAUAUGGAUAACAAAGGCUUCAGUCUGAUAGAAACCACUCAACUUUUCUCCAUCUUGUGUUCUGCAUCAAUUGUUAUCAGGGUUGCUCUCGGCGUGUUACUUCGAUUAACAGGGUGGAGAUUUGUGUAUAUAUAUACAAUUGUCGCAAUUGGAUUUGGAAUUUCUAUGUGUAUUUCAACUGUUCUUAGUUCUUAUGAAUUAUUAGCAGUGUGCACUUUAUUUGUGGGUCUGUUCCAUGGAGGUCCUUGUGGAUUAUAUCCUAUUAUUAUUUUGGAUUUUGUUGGUCCUGAGAAAUACAGUUCUGGUAUUGGUAUUACUGAAACAGCAAAUGGCAUGAUUACCAUCAUUGAAGGGUUUCUAACAGGUGUUCUAACAAAUUUUACUGCGACCUAUAACUUGGCUUUCUACAUAUUUGGAGGUGUUUGUAUAUUUUUUAAUUCUUUGUUACUAAUAAUUUUAGUAAAUCAGUAUCUCAAAGAUAACAGAAUUAAGUAAACCAGUAUCUCAAAGAUAACAAAAUUAACUUGAAACUGUUUUAGAUGUGUUUUUGUAUAUUUUUUAAAAAUUCAAGCAUGGCCAAAUUAUUUAGAACUUCAUUUUGCAAAUUUGAGAUCCUGUAUAUGAUUCCAAAGUAUAAAAUCUUGGGCAAGUAUCUUUUACCAUAGCUUUGGGUUAACUCAAGUUUUAUGAGGUGAAAUCGAGUAGACCAAAACUGUUUGAAAGCCUGUGUAAUAGACUUUUCCUGUAAUUCAAAGAGCCAACUUUAUCAUACAGUUUCAUACUGAUUUUGCCUGAAAAUUGCAUUAAGAGUAUACAUACAUGCGGAAUAUUCGCAUGCUAAUUCUAUGAGUAGGCUGUUCCAUUGAUUGAACAAUUGGAACUUUCAGCUCUGAAAAUAAUGGAGAUCCACUGACAUUUUUACAAUUUCUAUUUUUACACAGUAUUUUUUUUUUAUCUUAUAUUAUAUUUUUAUAUUUAUUUUGUUUAUUUUGUUUUUAAAUAAUAAAAUAAUUUCCAUUAUUGCA